AUGUUUCGUGUGCAGCAGAAUGCAUUUGAUGAUGCUGUCGCUAAGGCGACGGAUGAGAAUCUGACCUCAGAGAACUGGGAGUAUAUCCUUGACGUUUGUGAUAAAGUGUCGUCGGAUAGCUCUGGAGCGAAAGAUGCUGUUGCUGCAUUGAUCCGAAGACUGGCACAUCGAAAUGCGAAUGUUCAGCUUUACACGCUUGAGCUUGCAAACGCCUUGUCACAGAACUGCGGACAGAAGGUGUACCAGGAGCUGGCCUCUAAGAGCUUUACAGAUGCGCUUCUACGACUUGCAAAUGAUAGGAACACCCAUCAGCAAGUAAAGUCGAAGAUACUAGAACACAUAGAGCAAUGGACGGAGAUGUUCUCUAGUAAUCCUGACCUAGGGAUCAUGGAACAAGCCUACCUUAAGCUCAAGUCUCAGAACCCAAACCUUCAACCCCCGUCCAAACCGACCAAGCGGGAAAUAACAGAGUUGGACAGACUAAAGGAGGAAGAAGAGCUGCAGAUGGCCCUUGCGCUGUCCGUCAAGGAUAAACAACCCGCCACCGAACAGCAGCCAUCAAACAGCGAGUCCUUCCAGCAAGCAUCUGCUGCAGAAGGGUCCAAUACUGCAUCUACAUCUCAACCUACAGCCAUUGCAUCGGGUACCACGGCCGCCACCGUCUCUCGGGUUCGAGCAUUAUACGACUUUCAGCCCUCGGAGCCAGGCGAGCUUCAGUUCCGAAAGGGCGAUGUCAUCGCUGUUCUGGAAUCGGUGUACAAGGAUUGGUGGAAGGGUUCUCUCCGCGGCCAGACCGGCAUCUUCCCUCUGAACUAUGUUGAGAAACUCUCGGAUCCCACGCAGGAAGAACUUCAGCGGGAGGCGCAGAUGGAAGCAGAGGUGUUUGCGGAGAUCAAGAAUGUCGAGAAAUUGCUGGCCCUCCUCAGCACGAGUAACUCGGAACUAAAUGUGCAGGAAAACGAGGAAAUUACCACCCUCUACCAUUCUACUCUAGCCAUUCGACCGAAGCUGAUCGAGUUGAUCGGCAAGUACUCCAAGAAGAAAGAUGACUUUACGCAAUUAAAUGAAAAGUUCAUCAAAGCUCGUCGGGAUUACGAAGCUCUGCUUGAAUCUUCAAUGGCGCAUCCUGGUCAGCCGCAGUUUGGUCGUCCGCCGCCUCAGGCUGCUUAUGCGUACCCACCUUCCGGGGUACAGCAGUACCCUCCUGGCCCACAGCAGCCUGACCAGCGAUACUUUACUCCCCGUCCAGGAGCUCAAAAUGCGCCACCGUCUAAUGACCCUUCAGCAUACUAUGGCGCUGGCGCUGAGCAAUCUGGCCCGCCAUACCCCUCAGCCGCUUCUCCUGAGAAUAGAAAACAUACACCUGUUCCCGGCCAGCAGGGUCAAGAUGCCUACAGCAACCCACAGACACAGUAUACGAUACAGACCAAGUUAGACCAGCCACAGGAACUCAGUACAUCGGCAUACGACUCUCCUCAAACAGCAACCAACCCUAAUGCCCGACACUCCUACCAUCCACCUAUGCAUGAAUCCCAGCCUUCUGCAACCCAUCCGCAGCACUAUCCACACCCACAACAACCCGUCGCCUACCCACCACCAGGCGGUGCAUCCGCACCCGCUCCUGACCUCAACAACCAAACUGUCCAAACUGUCCCUCCUGGUUCCAACCCUCAAUACCCCAUGCCACAAGACCAGUCGCAGCAGCAACAACCACAGCAUGGCCCGCCUCCAACCCACCCGCCCCCUUCAAUCCCACAAUCCACUUCCCCCCAACCUCCUUACCCAAGCUACCCUGCUCCCACGCCAUCUGCUCCUGGAGUUCCCCCGGGGUUCCAAGCUUACCACCCCCAGCAGCCAGGGGGUCCAGUGAACCCUAACCCAAACCCCAGCCGGUAUUACCGAUAA